CGCGAGCACUUCGCUCUUUCCGCGCAACCAAUAUCACCAAUACUCUACAACCCACCCUUUCCAUUCUCCGGCAAUGAAUUGUUUUCCGAGUUCGCAAUCGUCAGCACUCCUCGCGAGAUAGUCGCCCAGCUCCUUAUUUCCUACUCUUCCCAACUCAUUCGUCAACGCCUUUCCAGUACAGGUCACUGUCCAGGGACUUACAAAGAAAUUCUGUCGCCAAAAAUGGACGAAAAUCUCACUCCGUCCUCCGUGGGCGAUAUUGAAGCCGAAGUGCCGAUCUCUAUUCCUGAAAUUACCGCGCCUCUUAGUGUUCGAGUCGACAAAGACGGAUCUCUCGCUCACACUCACACGGCAAUUCACCAUGAUCACCCAGAAGGUCUACUGAAGCCUUCGCAUCGUGGGGAUUUGGUGUCAAUGCAAACAAUUCAACCCAGUGCGUUGACUGUCGAGAAUGUCGAGGACGCUUCGCCGGGCUCAGUCCGCCUUGGGCCGUCCGAAUUUGCUAUAACACUUCCCAUGGAUUCUCGAGUCAAGGACGACUAUGAGAAGACGUUGACGGGUGCAGCACCCAGCAUGCGAGAGUUCUUUCUUAGCUUUAGUCCCACCUCGCAGGUCUCAGAAAUUGAGCGAAGACGAUUGUUGCCGAAAAUGCAUGAAGUCAUUGCACGUCUCAACAAUGUUUCGACUCAUCCAGACUUGAACAUUCCCCAGCACUGCCAAUACCAUGAUUCUGAGCUGGCGCAGGAGGCCUCAUGGGCCGAGUACUCCAGCGCGAAGUUUUUAUUCCUCAAGUACUGGAUAGAACUUGCGAGUGCACACGACCUUCAUGUGAUCCUUGAGGUCCGUGGCGACAUGAAGCAAAAUAUUCUUGAACGCUAUUUGCCAGGCAAAGGCUUCACUUACACAAAACCACGCGCCGAGCUGGGCGAAAGCGUCGAAAUUUCAAUGGCCAAAGGCUCCUUGAGUUUCGGUAUUCACGGAAAUGACGGCGUACAAGAGCUUUUCAAAUCACCAUGUGCGAUUAUUGCCCUGGACACUUCUUUUGACCCCAGGAGCCCCUCGGUCCAGCAUAUUCGAACAACCUACACUCGAAAUGGAAGCCUUCUUCCUGUCAUCUGGCUACUAGUUGCCAACACGUGUGAACACAUUGGACGCUGUCUGCCAGAUUUAUCAGAGUCCGAACGGCUUCGUCUUCUUUUGCAAGAAACUGCACACCUCCAUGACGACGUUGGCGAUCUCCAGGACGAUGCCCUAGGUGUCCACGAAGAUGUUGAAGAGGUUCUCGGUUAUUUAUCUGACAACCUUGCCAGCUGGACGCUUCCCAGUAUUGAACCUUUGCAUUUUAUUACUCAGGAAGAAUUGGACUCAUCUGACCCCUCGUCAGAUGAGCCAAUGCCAACAGCUCCGAAACGUUCCCUGGACGACGAUGGCGACGAUUACACAACAAAACGUGCACGAGUUGAAACGCUCUAUACCAGCGAAUUCACUGACUUAAGCAAGGCGCCCAGCCGGACCUUGAACCAUGACCUACACUCCUUGGAAAAAAGUCUUGUUCAACUAAAAAACGCGCACGCCGCAGAGAAGGAUCAAUUGCAAAUUGAGUUGCUGGAGACUCAGGCUCAAUUGCAGGAUUUCAAGAAAGCCAUGAGCGAACUGCAGCACCGCUACGAAAGUAGGACCAAAGAUCUACACAAGACGCGCCAGAAUCUUGAGCGACUGAUAGAAGGAAAGACUUCCCUGGAACAACGCAUUGAAACUCAAAGAGAAAACCUUUCAAAAUUAAAGGACGAGCGCACAAAGCUCAAACAAGAACUUGAGGAAGCUCGCCAGGAGCUCAAAAAUGGUGGAGGUACCUUGGCUGAGUUGGAGACCGCCCGCGAGGAAAUUCGGCGGCUGACGAAGGAGAGCGCAAGUCUGGAACGGAAGGCCGAAUACUCGCAGAAUCAGGCAGAAUAUGUCCGUGAACAAUAUCAAACUGCAUCAAAUGUGGCUGCUCAGGCCGGCAAUGAAGCUCGGCAGCUUCGCGAGGAGAAUGAGUACUUGAAAAAGAAAGUUGAGGGCAACAUGGUGCAAUUACGGGAAAUCAACAGAAAGAACGACGAGGCUCGGCAUAUCGCGCGAAUCGAAGAACUGGAAAUUAUCCUCGCCGCGCGAGAUGAGAUGCUCCGGAAGAAGGAGGAGGAACUUCGCGAAAUCCGCAAGAAUCGACCGUCGACUCGCUCCACCAGUACUCAGCCGCGGAGCCCCAAAUGGGCCGGCAGCCGACCUACCAGCCCUGGGGUAAAUCACAAUGGGAAUGGCAAUGGCCUUGCAGGACGAGGCAGCGCCUUGCGUUUUAGUUCGGAGAUGCCCUUCUAG